ACCACGUUGGGAUUCAGCAUGGCAUCCAAAAGCAAGAGGAAGUUGGAGGAUCUCAGUGUGGACGAGUUCCUGCUGUCUGGACUUGAUUCUUAUGAGGGUGAAGAAUCUGAAGAUGAAGAUUCAGUUGAAGAGAAUGGAACAGAUGAGCCUGCAUCUCAAGAGGAUAUCAAGAAAAAAGGCAAAGCAUCUGAACACAAAAACCAGCUCGUCAAGCUCAAGGGCAGCGAUCCAGAGUUCUACAAGUUCCUGCAGGAGAACGACCAGAAACUUCUCAAUUUCGAUGAUUCUGAUAGUUCAGAAGACGAGGACGAGAAAAAAUACCACAAACUCCCCUCUCAACUAAAGGCUGCAAGCUCAGAUGAAGAGGAGGAAGAUGAUGAGGCACAAGGAAAAGAGGAGGAAACAGCAAAAAAAUCUGCAAAGAAGGCUACAAAAGUUACAACCAAAAUGAUUGAGCAGUGGAAAAACGAGCUCAAGAAAGAUCCUAAUGCACGUUUGAUAAGAAAUAUCAUCCAGGCCUUUAAAGCUGCAGUGGCAACUACAAAAGGAGAAGGGCAGAAUGAGUGUCGUUACUCUGUGGCAGACAGUUCAGUAUUCAAUGCACUGAUCCUGUUCUGCCUGAAGGAUAUGCAGAACGCUAUGAACAAACUGUUAAAUCUCAAAGCACUGGAGAAAGAUCACAAGAAAUUAAUAUUGCCAUCCUCGAGUCCUCGGUGGCAGAAGAAUCAGAUUGAUGUUAAAAUGUACCUGGGUGGACUAGUCCAGCUUCUCUCCAGUCUCACCCAGGCUACAGUUAUAGCUGCUGUUCUACGCCACACCAAUCAGAUCGUGCCGUACUUCCUGUGUCUGCCUAAACAGGCCCGACAGUUGCUGAAGCAACUAAUAAAGCAGUGGAGCACUGGGGAGGAGACAGUGCGCGUCCUGGCAUUCCUGGUUCUCAACAAAAUUUGCCGUCACAAACAGAACGUGUACCUAAACACCGUCCUCAAGCAAAUGUACAUCGCUUACGUCCAGAACUGCAAGUUUACCUCUCCAAAUGCGCUGCCUAUUAUAAACUUCAUGCAGCGCACAUUGGCGGAGAUGUACUCUUUAGAUACACAAGUCUCCUACCAACAUGCUUUCAUCUACAUACGUCAGCUCGCAAUCCACCUCCGCAACGCCAUGAACAUGAAGAAGAAGGAGACGUAUCAGUCCGUGUAUAACUGGCAGUUUGUGCACUGUCUGUAUUUGUGGUGCCGUGUGUUGAGCAUCAUCUACCCGAGCGAAGUACUCGAGCCCCUGAUCUACCCCCUCUGCCAAGUCAUCGUCGGCUGCAUCAAGUUGGUGCCUAUCUCGCGGUACUAUCCAUUGAGGUUACAUUGUGCCCGUGCUCUUAUCCUGCUUACUGGCAGCACCAAGACCUUUGUGCCAGUCCUGCCCUUUUUACUGGAGAUCCUGCAGCAAGAAGACUUCAACAAAAAGCCUGGUCGCAUGAGCGUUAAACCCAUUAACUUCGCCGUCAUCCUCAAACUCAGCAAGACCAACCUGCAGGAGAAAGCUUUCAAGGACGGUCUGAUCGAGCAGCUGUAUGACCUCAUACUGGAGUAUUUCCACACUCAGGCCAAUUCCAUCGGCUUUCCCGAGCUCGCUCUACCCACCAUCAUCCAGCUGAAAGCCUUUUUAAAGGAAUGCAAAGUGGCCAAUUACUGCAAGCAGCUCCGCCAGCUUCUGGAGAAGAUCCAGGAGAACUGCAGCCACAUCACAAGCCGGAGACAGAAAGCCGCUUUUGGCGUGGCCGACUCUACGGCGGUGGCAGCAUGGGAAAAACAGGUAACAGAAGAAGGAACUCCUCUCACCAAGUACUACAGCCAGUGGAGAAAGUUACGAGAGAAGGAGAUUCAGCUGGAGAUCUCUGGCAAGGAGAGGAUGGAAGAUUUGAAUUUCCCGGAAAUCAAGCGCAAGAAGAUCAGAGAAAAGAACGAAGACAAGAAAGAGUUCAAAGGUCUGUUCGAGUCGGACAGUGAUUCAGACAGUGGUGACCUCAUGUGCAAGCUAAAAGAUGAAGGACUGGAAGAUCUCUCAGACAUGAGUGGUGAUGAUGCCUCAGAGGGAGAGGAGGACUCGGAUGGCAGUGAAGAGGCUGAGGAAGAAGCUUCUGGCUCGAAAGGAAAAGCACCCAAGCAGGUGUCGAGCGUGAAGCUGCAGGAGCUGGCAGAAGGAGACGAGGAUAUGGUUGAAGACCUUGAGCUUUCAGACGAAGACUGAGGACCAGGGUGACUUGGCAAGCCGUUUGUCAAGAUGCAGUCAUGGCUUGUGUAAUGAAAGCUGAAACUGCUUUAUUGAUCUCUGAAUCUGACCCCUUACGCAGGUCAAAUAUGGAGUUUAACCUGGCAUUUGAAAAGUAAAGUCUCAGUUUUUCACUGGCAAACAGGAGAUGUUUGUAAAAUCCAUUGUUUAAAUCUCAGUAUAAAGAAUUUGUGAAUGUUUUUUAUAUUCUUCAUCUGUCAGCAGCCAAAUAUGUACUGUUUUUAAAAUAUAUUGUGAUGAUGUAAAAUGAAAA